GGCCCCAUGUUUGAACCGCCGAUGAGCGCGGACGAGGGCGCAAGAUGGUUCGUGUUCAAGGUCGACGCGAGCCUGGACUGGCGCGCCGCCCUGGACGGCGGCCGGCUGAAGCUGGGUGCUGACGGUCCAGAGUUGCUGCGCGCGGGCGAGGUCGAAGACGGGGGCACCCUCGUGGCGGCCGCAGACGCCGCGGUGUGGCCGCAGAUGGUGCCGCUGCGGCCGCGCGAGGGCGGCGGGCACAAGCUGCGUGCCGCGGGCGGCGGACCGCCCCAAGUGGUCAGGAUCUUCAAACAUCAGGGACGAAGCAGAUGA